GUCGACGAUGACGGCGUCAUCGCGCACGCGGCCGGCACCGGCCAAGUCAAUUUUGUCGUCAAGCUCAUCCAUCCGGACGAGGACAUUGAGAGCGGCGCCAUCUGUCAAGUUUCUUGAUAUGCCCACGAUCCACUACGAAGACGAGUACGAUCCCCCAUUACCGCCAUGCUCGCCGGCCGCCCCUUCAGAGAAGCGGAAGCCAAGCCUGCUGAGGUGGUUUUUGGGAGCGGCGGGGAGGAAGUCGCAGGCGGUUCCAGAUCGCCCGACAAUAUCCGGCCCGUUCCCACUGUGGGAGACGCCUCCACGCCCGGUACCUGUCAGCGCGGCGAGUCUGCGUUCGAUGAGGUCGAAGGAUAGCCUCCGGUCCGUGCGAUCGUGUAGCAGCAGGCUGCAGACAUACUGGAACAAAGUCACUCGGAAGGACCCAUGAACAAGCUUCGUGGCUGACAACUCUCGCCCCUUCGUCUCGUACACCUGGCGUGUCGUUAGGUGUCCCACUUGCCUUUUUACCCACACCAGCCAGGCUUGGCACCCAGUCCUUACGUUACUGCUACCCUCCUGACGCUCUCGGGUUUGAUAUCGCAGGUUGAGCAUUCAUUAGGAUUAGGGUAGCACGGUGUUGUAGAACACGAUAGUAACACGACCGGACCAGGACAUUCAGGGAUACUUAUACUGUGCCGCAGCGGUUAGUCGCCGUGCGGCAGAUAUGGACCCUAGUACCACCCAUGUACUUGCCUAUGAUUUGAUAUGC